AUGGCUGUGCCUACGACACCAGAAGGGCUUCCUCUGGACGACCGCUCAAAUGCUAUCAAAAUACCACUUAUUGUAUUGAUCAUAUUCAGCUCCGUCUUCGUUGCAAUUCGAUUGGGUAUCAAUUGGAGAAACAGGAACUUCUUCCUUCUUACAGAUCACUUGCUAUGGACUGGACAUGUAGUAGCUAUAGCAGGCGGUGCAUGCUGCUACAAAAUGGCUGAAUACGGUGGCGGCAAGCACGUCUGGGAUCCAUUCAUGACACCACCACGUCUGGAAAAACAACUCUACUAUGUCUGGCUAAGCCAGAUACUCAAUCUUUACGGAAUGGCGCUGGUCAAACUGAGCGUCUGCGCCUACAUUUUCAUGCUCGACUUUUCCAAGACCUUUCGCGUCAUGAUUUGGAUAUCGAUUGUUGUCCAUGUCGGGGUCAACUUUGUGUUUCCCACAGUGAUUCUAUUCGGAGAGUGCACACCCUACUCGAAGCAUUGGGACGUGGCGGGAACCAAGCCCGGUUCAUGCUGGGGACCAGAACCCAGGGUUAUCUCGGGGUACUCCGGAGCAGCAGUCAACAUUGCGACGGAUUUGCUGUACACAAUGGCGCCUUUGGUAUACAUCUCGCGGAUCCAGCUUUCGAAACGCACAAUCUGGGGUGUCCGUGCAGUCUUUCUCUGUGGUCUUGUAACAACAACAAUCUCCGCAUUGAAACUAUACGAAAUGAAGGCAUUGGCCAACACCAAAGACCCAAGCUUCGAAUCCGUCAACCUAAGCAUCUUCGCCUCAGCCGAAGUCUUCGUCGGCGCAUUCACCGCCUCACUACCUCCCCUGCGAAAAACAUUCGAAAACUUCUUGCGCAGGAUCCUUCCCGCCAGUCUUACUGGCUCAUCAGGUAAAGGCUCAAAAGCAUCUCGACAGAGCUACAUGCUCGACAACAUUGAGGCGCGGUCGACUGCCAAGUCUUGGCCUGGCAAACAGGAAACAGACGGUGAUAGCGAGUUGGGCAUACUACCCAACGAAGAGGCCGCAAGGCCAACAACUAAUUCCGACCAAGCAAUUACGAAAACAACAAAUGUCACUGUGACAGAGGACGAUCGAAGUCUCCAUCUAUCCAUCACCUCUCACCUCACCUCUACACCACCACCUUUGCACAAACCCAUACCCGUGACAAUGUCAACAUCAACAUUAACCCCAUAUACCCUCGACCUCUCCCACCGCGGCUACGCCCAAGGUCGCACAUAUCACGAUGCUCAAACAGGUCACCCGCAAUGCCACUACUUUGGCGGAAUCCCCUACGCUCUCCCUGCAGCGCGGUUCCAGCGUGCAAACCCACUCCCGCCAUGCUACCGCUACGGAACGCAGUCCCAACCAGGCGUGUUCGACGGCGCGUGCGGUCUAUGUCCGCAGCCAGCGUCUGGACCGGGCAAGGAGGAUCAAGUCGGGGAUGAGGAUUGUUUGCAGUGCAAUGUUUGGGUUCCAGUAGGCGAGGCGCCCGAGGGAGAUGGCGGCUUCCUCCAAUGGGGCAGUCCGAACGGCCUCAAUCUCCGGCUUCUCCUCUCCAACUCGCCCACACGCUGCAUCGUCGUCGCCCCGGCGUACCGGCUUAACGUAUUCGGGUUCCUGGGCUCACGUCACUUGCAUCACGAUGACAACGACGAAGACAACAACAACAACAGUGGAUGCGCGGAUUACGAUGCUAACGUAGGGUUUUGGGACCAGCGAUUAGCGCUGCAGUGGACGCACGAAAACAUCGCGUAUUUUGGGGGGGAUGCCGCGAAUAUCACCGUCGGGGGCUACUCUGCAGGCUCGCAUUCCGUGUUUCAUCAGCUCUCGUAUGAUUUGGGGUUGGGUGAGGGCAAGGCGGUGGUGAGGCGCGCAAUGAUGCUGUCGAAUGGACCGGGGAUGCAGCCAAAGAGUUUGGACGAGGCGCAGGAGCAGUUUGAAGAGUUGGUCCGGGGUUUGGGGAUUGAGGACGGAUUGGGGCCCGCGGAGGCGCUGGCGAGGCUAAGGAAGGUGCCGGCUAAGGAGAUUGUCGAGGCGAGCAAGAAGAUGGGGUUGCAUCAGUUUCGCGCGGUGACGGAUGGGGUGUUUGUUCGCCAGGGUUUAUUGGAAGAGCUGUCCAAUGGUGUGUACGCGGAACGCUUGAGGAGGCGCAAUAUCCACCUCAUCAUCGGUGAGUGCAAAGAUGAGCACUUCAUGUACGGGACAUGGCGGCCGCCUCAGCCAGGCUAUACGAACAUGCUGCACCGCCUCGAAGCCGACUAUCCCCGCAAAGCUUGUAAGGUGCUGAUGUCACACUACUUUCCUGACCGGAAGCUUCCAUCGCGGUUCAAGAGCUGGCAGGAGGCGUUUGGGCACAUCUACGCUGAUGUCCAGAUCCAUGCCCUACGACGAGGAAUGGUGAACGCGCUGGCGGAACAUGGAGCCGGCAACCUAAUCCAUAGAUAUCGUAUCGAGUGGCGUGCGCGGUGCGUGGACAAAGAGCUUCCCAGCCAUUUUGGCGUCACGCAUGGGUCUGACAUUCCGAUUUGGUUUUGGGGCAAUGGCAGCGACUUGACUGAGGAGGAAAAGCACAUUGCAGCACAGACGUUCCAUCAUCCCCUGACUAAGUUUCUCAAGGGAGAGGACAUGGAGUGGGGCACGGAGCAUGCGAUGCAAUUGCGGACGUUGAAGAGUGAUGGUCGGGUUGUCAUUGAAGAAGAUACGAGGAUGGAAGAGGGUCUCAGGCUCUGGGAUGCACUGAAGAAAGUUGGUGCAACGGGUGAGCCCAAAGCAUCAGCAAGGCUUUGA